GAUUAAAAACAGAGCAGCAGCCACGUAAACAGGAAAACAGUCGGCAAACAGAAGUCGAACGGCGAGGAAGUACAGAAAAAUGCUGCUGAAAUCAAUAUUUGCGACAAUAUUGGCCAUUAUUUUGGUCUGCUGGCUGGGACACGUCACCUGCCAGGCUGCCGAUGACGAAAUUGAAAUUGGGGAAGCUGGCAAUGAAGUACCUUCGAAGAAUGAGUUUCCAGUGUGGGAUGAUGCCCAGGGAGAAUGGCCAGGAGUUGGGGAUAAUGUCGACUAGGAUUUAGAAUAUUUUCAUUCACUUAAAAUUAUUAAAGUUAUUAAAAUUUAA